UCUGUCGGCUGAUAGACACCAAAGGUCCCCGGUGUGCACUGGUCAGGCUGUUAAGUUUAAGUGAAGGGUCAGACUCAAAAGCCAUCAUAAGUAAAGAUCGAUCACUGAAUGGUUCGACCAUCACACUGACACUGGUGAUAACUUUGAGAAACAUCAGCUUCUCCUGACUGUUGUGGAUCUGAAGACGCUGGACAUAAAAUUUCAACUGCAGCUGAGUAAUUUCUCGCCCCUUUUCUGAUCAACUGUACUUCCCUUUCAACCCGGACAUUUGGAGACUAAUUUUCCGGGUCACGUAAGGCUUCACAAGCCGAGCUACAGCCUGUUGAUUCAUGGCAAUUAAUGCUGAUGUAGAGGACUGGGCUGGAGUUGGGAGUAAUGACUCGGGAGAAAGGGCAUGGCUCUUGCAGAGCCCCAGCGUGGAUUCUGUGCAGCACCUUGAGACGGACAGGAGGAGGAGCGCGGGAGUGUCAUCUCUGGGAGCGGUCUUCAUCGUAGUGAAUGCAGCACUGGGAGCAGGUCUACUCAAUUUCCCUGCAGCCUUCAAUAUGGCGGGUGGAGUAACCGCAGGAGUAAUGCUGCAAAUGUUUAUGUUGAUCUUCAUAAUCAGCGGACUGGUGAUUCUGGGCUACUGCUCCCAGGUCAGUAACGAAAGCACCUAUCAGGAGGUUGUUCGAGCCACUUGUGGGAAAGUCACAGGGGUCAUAUGUGAGGUAGCCAUUGUUGUCUACACCUUUGGCACUUGCAUUGCUUUCUUUAUCGUCAUCGGAGACCAGCUGGAUCGUUUGGUAGCAGCACUGGCUCAUGACACAGACAGUACCGGUGGCUUCUGGUACACUGACCGCAAAUUUACCAUUGUUGUUACUGCAGUCUUGGUUAUUCUUCCUCUCUCCAUCCCCAAAGAGAUUGGCUUUCAGAAGUACGCCAGUGCACUGAGUGUGAUGGGAACCUGGUACGUUACCAUUGUUGUCAUUAUAAAGUACAUCUGGCCAGAUACAGAGGUGACUCCGGGCUAUGUUCCCACCAGUUCUGCUUCCUGGACUGCAGUUUUCAAUGCAAUGCCCACCAUAUGCUUUGGUUUCCAGUGCCAUGUCAGCUGUGUGCCGGUGUUCAACAGCAUGAGCAGGAAAGAGAUCAAACCUUGGGGAGUUGUAGUCACUCUCAGCAUGAUAAUCUGCCUCUUCGUUUACACAGGAACAGGUGUCUGUGGCUUCCUGACAUUUGGCUCCAAUGUCAGUCAGGAUGUGUUGAUGUCGUACCCUCCCAAUGAUAUUGCUGUGGCCAUCGCAAGAGCAUUUAUUGUCAUCUGUGUGGUCACAUCCUACCCCAUUUUACACUUCUGUGGCAGGGCAGUCGUUGAAGGACUUUGGCUGCGUUUUCAAGGUGAGCAGGUGGAAGUGUGUGUACGUCGUGAGCAGAGGAGGAGGAUCCUGCAGACCCUGGUGUGGUUUGUCGUCACUCUCGUCCUCGCCCUCUUCAUCCCAGAUAUUGGUCGGGUGAUCUCGCUGAUCGGAGGAUUGGCAGCCUGUUUUAUCUUCGUCUUCCCAGGUUUGUGUUUGAUGCAAGCCAAACUGUCAGAGACAGACAGCCGAUCUGCCAGCUGGCAUGGAUUGGUAGUCUUUGGUGUUGUCAUGGUUACAAUCGGAGCUUUCAUCUUCGGCCUCACCACAACCAACUCCAUCUAUCAAGACAUUGUCAGCUAAUGGGAGCAUUUUUAUCGGAGCCUGCGGUGUCCUCGUUAUUGACGACAUUGGGGAGGGGGAGGGGUUGCUUAGUCCUGUGCUGCUAUUCUGAACUGCUGGAUAAGGUGGAGAAACAUCUCAUGACAGUCAUUUCAAAAAAAAAAAAAGAAAAAAAAAAAAAAAAACAAGACCACUGUGACAUGUCACAUCCCUGCCACAUACUGGGUUAAAACACUAGAGCUCUUUGCUCAGUCAGGGAGUAGUCGAAGACACCACGUAACGCCAAGUGACUUCAGAUACUUUGCCUUUUAUUUUCUGUAAAGUUUAAAGUGCAUGUUUUAUGUUUUUAUGAUGGUUUUAACUUGCAGUGAAAAUACUUUGACAGUGCAGCCAUUCCACAGGGGCACAGAAUAGCGUCCCUCGUCUCUGGACCCCGUAUGGGCGACUCAUUCCUGUCCUGUUUACAAGAGCUGAAGGACUUUGUAUAGAAAGGUCUUACAAUCAAAUUGAUUUUUUUUAUAAUGAAAUUGUACCAAUUUGUGUAUUUUAACUUGCAUGUCAAUGUGAAUGUUUGUUAUCAUUGAUAAUCAACAUGCUGUGGGUCCCAGGUCUAAUCAAGGUUUAGACUUUACGUUGGUGCUGCUAAUAGUUUUGCCAUCCAUCCAUCCAUCCAUCCAUCUAUCCAUCCAUCCAUUAGCUAUACCGCUUAGCCGUUUGGGGGUCAUGGGGGCGCUGGAGCCAGUCCCAGCUGACAUCGGGAGAGACAUGGGGUACACCCUGGACAGGUCGCCAGUCAAUCACAGGGCCGAAAUAUAGAGGCAAUUUAGUUUGUCCACUAAUAAAGAAUUUUGUCUCUUCUCCAAUGAAAAAUUGAGAACUGAAAAAUUUAACUGACUGAUAGGUUUGAAGACACUGGGACACAGCAUUGUUAAUGAGUGAUGUGCUAACUGCAGGGCUGGGCAGUUCAAGUCUUGUUGAUUUGUCCACUUCUGGUCAGUACCUCUAAAUGAGUCCAAAAUUUUAGGUUUUCAGAUUUACAAGCAAGGCAAACUAAUCGUACUUCAUGUUAAAAUAGAUUUAGGAAGUCAUUUGAGUUAUUUAUUUUUUAGUUCUGUUGGUUUCUGAUAUAUUUUCUUAUAUAGUUACAAGCAAUGUUAUGGUGAUUUUUACAGUUUGCUUUGAGGUUAAAUAAUAUUUGUUAAUACAAGUUUGCAAAAGUGCAAAACUACGAUCACGUAAGCCUGCAGGCCUUUUAAGAGAGCUUUGGUUACUUCAGUGUGCAAAACAAUUAAGUGUCAAACAGGCUGAAAACCAAAGCAGUGUGCCUCCCCAAACGCUGUACACAGAUCUGCAGAGUGUGCCAGACGAGAAGCACCUCCACAGUCAGGAUAUGAAAACUCGAGACACUUUUUGGAGUUCCAUUUCCUCAUUGAGCGGGGUUUGAAAAUGAUACGAUCUCUGUGAAUGUAGGCAAUAGAUAGGAGUAUCUGACACAGAAUUCAGUUCGCACUUGUAACCACUGCUACUGACAGGGCGGGAUGUGUGAAGAAGCAAAGUAGUUGGGACUGAGUGUGAGGUUUUAUUUACUUGAAUCAGGUGACACCACUGCAGACUUUGUGAUUCCAGCUAAAGAAUGAGUUAGAAAUAAUUGUUCCUUUUUGGCUAAAACCAAAGUGUGAGCUUUGUUUCUGUGGGUUUUUUUUAAUGCCCUAAUAUUCAAAACCUUAUCUUUUUAACAGUAAAGAUGUUUAGAGCACAGUUGUUAAGAUCAUUAAGUUGGAUUGCAAGUUAAACUAAUUUCAACUUUGGGAAUGCUAAGAGUGUUAUGAUCCAUAAUUCAAGUGAGAUUCAAGACUGACAGCCUUGUUUUUUUCUUUUUAUCCAGGUAUUAUAAAACCCAGCAAUAAUGUGUUUCACUUUUGGAUUUGAGGGACAGAAAUGGUAAAAGGGUUUGUUUUUUGUUUGUUUUAAAAAAACAUAUUAGUCCCACAGGUGGACUAAAAAGAAUAUAUAAUUUAAAAAAAGGGAAAGAAGCUUCAGUCAAAAUAUUAAUGCUUCAAUAACUAUACAACCAUUUGUGUGAAAUUAUUUUUUUUUUUUCUUUUGGUGCUGCAGUCGAGUGGAUGGCAGCUGCAUCUAUGUUUUCUGUCAGUGAUUUACUGUUUGCAGACUGGAAGGAUGUACACCUAUUCCCAAGGCAUUUGCUGAUGAGAAUUCGUGUCCCUGUUGUUUUGCACAGAAUGAUGACUCGCAAAAAUGACCCUCAGUGGCAAGUUUUAAUGGAAAUAU